GGGGACGGGCGGGCGCCAUGGCGGACAUGGAGGAGCUGUUCGGCAGCGACGCCGACAGCGAGGCGGAGCGCAGAGAUUCCGAUUCCGGAUCUGAUUCCGAUUCCGAUCAGGAGAACGCCGGCUCCGGCAGCAAUCCUUCCGGGAGCGAGAGCGAGAGAGAGGACGACGGGGGAGACGCGGUCAAGCCGAGCAACAAGGAACUGUUUGGAGACGACAGUGAGGACGAGGGACUCUCCCGUCACAGCGGGAGCGACAAUCCCUCCGAGCGGUCGGACAACCGGUCCGAAGCCUCGGGGCAUUCCGAGCGGGAAGACAACGACCAGUCGGACGUCGACCAGCACAGCGGGUCGGACACUCACCACGAGGACGAGGACGAAGGCCAGAGGUCAGACGGAGGGAGCCGCCACUCUGAGGCGGAAGGGUCCGAGAAAGGCCACUCGGAUGACGAGAAGUGGAGCCGAGGUGAGAAGAGCGAUCAGUCGGAUGACGACGACAAGCUCCCGAACUCCGAUGAGGAGGAGAGGCCCCAGGUCUCCGACGAAGAGAAGCCGCAGAACUCCGACGACGACGAGAAGGCGCAGAACUCGGACGACGACGAGAGGCCGCGGGUUUCAGAUGAUGAGCGGCUCCAGCUGUCCGAAGACGAGAAGACGGCGAACUCUGGGGACGAGAGGCCGGCCGCCUCUGACAACGAGGACGACAAGGUGCAGAAUUCCGAUGACGAGGACAGGGCCCAGAUCUCCGACGAGGAGAAGUUGCAGAAUUCCGACGACGAAGAUCGGCCACAGAUCUCUGACGAAGAGCCCAGGCAUUCCGACGACGAAGAGGAGCGUGACCGUAAAUCGGAAUCUGGACGAGGCAGUGAUAGCGAGGAUGAAAUUUUACGAAUGAAGCGCAAAAAGGCGGUUGCGUCAGACUCGGAAAUGGACAGUGACAACGAAGGACAAAAAGACCCCAGCGGAGCCAUGGAUCUCUUCGGAGGUGCGGAUGACAUCUCCUCAGGGAGCGAUGGUGAAGAUAAGCCACCCACUCCAGGGCAGCCCAUUGAUGAAAAUGGAUUGUCCCAGGAGCAGCAGGAAGAAGAGCCCAUUCCUGAGACCAGAAUCGAGGUGGAAAUACCCAAAGUAAACACUGAUUUAGGGAAUGACCUCUAUUUUGUCAAGCUGCCCAACUUUCUCAGCGUGGAACCCAGACCCUUUGAUCCUCAGUACUAUGAGGAUGAAUUUGAAGAUGAAGAGAUGCUGGACGAAGAAGGCAGGACCAGGUUAAAAUUAAAGGUGGAGAACACCAUCCGGUGGCGCACGCGACGGGACGAACAGGGAAAUGACGUUCGGGAAAGCAACGCUCGGAUAGUCAAGUGGUCCGACGGAAGCAUGUCUCUGCACCUGGGCAAUGAAGUGUUUGACGUCUACAAGGCCCCUCUGCAAGGAGAUCACAACCAUCUGUUCAUUCGACAAGGCACGGGUCUUCAGGGACAGGCAGUCUUCAAGACUAAGCUGACUUUCAGACCUCAUUCGACAGACAGUGCCACGCACAGAAAGAUGACCUUGUCGCUCGCUGAUCGCUGUUCAAAGACCCAGAAAAUUCGAAUCCUACCAAUGGCCGGUAGGGAUCCGGAAUGCCAGCGCACAGAAAUGAUCAAGAAAGAGGAAGAGCGAUUACGGGCUUCUAUUCGCCGAGAGUCUCAGCAGCGCCGAAUGCGAGAGAAACAGCACCAGCGGGGACUCAGCGCCAACUAUUUGGAGCCAGAUCGCUACGAUGACGAGGACGAAGGCGAGGAGUCCAUUAGCUUGGCUGCCAUUAAAAACAGAUACAAAGGGGGCAUAAGAGAGGAACGUGCGAGGAUCUACUCUUCGGACAGCGAUGAGGGGUCCGAUGAAGAUAAAGCCCAGAGAUUACUCAAAGCGAAGAAACUCACCAGCGAUGAGGAAGGAGAGCCUUCUGGAAAAAGGAAAGCGGAGGAUGAUGAUAAAGCAAGUAAAAAGCACAAGAAGUAUGUGAUCAGUGAUGAAGAGGAGGAGGAAGAUGAUUAAAUAUGAGAAAGAACUUUGUAUACAUUUCUGUACAGUUAUUUUACAAUAAAGGUGUAAACAUAAAGAUGUGAUUUUGAUUUAAAAGAA